ACAGCCUCAGUCUCCCAGCCAGUCCGGCCUCCUGGGCGGUUGCGCGCUGAGCCCCCUUCUUCCGUGCCGUGCGCGCUUUCCCUGCUCUGCCAGCCUCAUUUCGAGGCUGUUGGGCCGCGCGCCUGUGGGGACGCCCAGAGCAAGCGACCGUGACAAUGGGGCGAGGCGGCUGGGUCGGGCGGAGGGCAGGGGCUGAGGUGGAGGCGGAAGGAGGCGGAGGCGGAAGGAGGGGUAAGAUGGCGGCGCCGGUCCUCCUGUGAGUGUCGGUGCUGCGGUGGGAGCGGGUGGCCGUGUAUGUCGUGUGUGAUGCGGAAAUCGUGCUCUCCAUCUAUGCCUACCAGGUGGAGAGGGAGCAGGAGCGGGACCCCGAGCACUGGGCCCUCUGCGACCUGGGGCGCUGGGUGAGGUGCUUCGCCACCUUUGCCUCCAGAAUCUUUGCCCAGAGUCCAGCACCUCUUUGCUGUCCAGGAUCACCUUCUGGUGUAUCACAGGGUUGAUGGUCCAGGGCUACCACCAAGCCCUGGAGAGCAGUGGCUUCUGGUCCUUAAACAAGGAGGACACGUCAGAACAAGUCAUGCCUGUUUUGGUAAAGAACUGGAAGAAGAAAUGCACCAAGUCUAGGAAGGGUCACGGGCAUCAGCGGUCCAGGGAAGGAAGCAAAGCAAAUGGAGAAUGACAUGCUGGUGACAGACAGUGCGGGGAAGCAACUACAGAAACAGCUCAGCAGCUCCUCCUCCUGUAGUGGGGACAUCAGCAGGCACCACAGCAGCACCACAGAGCUGCAGAAAGCCGAAGCCAAGAAGGAGGAGACUUGGAAGAUGAUGGAGGCUGAGAAGGCACAGACAGGGCAGCAACAAUCAAGAAAGAAGGCUUCUGUGACCAAACGUGUGGAGAGGUUUUCCCCACCAACAAGCAAGCAAUCACUUCUGCAGAUGACACAAACUGGGUGUCAUUUAAUUCAGUUCUCACACUGUCUCACAGAUAGCAUCAGAUUCUACAGAGUUUGCAGAGUGAGACAGAAGAACUCAACCCUCUAAUCAGCCAUGUCUUCAGGAUAGUGACCAGUUCCCAUCGUGAAUCUACCUAGGAGCUUCCAGCCAUUGAUCAUUAGGAUACCAAAAGACAUCACUUUGGAAAUUCGAAGGAGUUUAAGAAUUGUACACCAAGAAAUGAGUCAAAGUCCAAACACAGAUUUUACAUCUGUAGUUUUGAAUGAUAUAGUUACAGCUACUAACAGUUAACUAUAUUCCAAACAUACUACAUUGAAAACUCCAGAAGUAAACAAGUUAUAAGUGUUAGUAUGCCAGUCUGAGAAGCACAAUAAAAUCUUGAGCUAUUGCCCUCUAUCCAUCCCUGGAUGUGAAUCAUUCC